AUGAGCGUCGACCAUGACUGCCCUUUGACUGUUAUCGAUACCUUUGUCUCGAACCGAUACGGGACUUAUUUCGAAGCCGAAAUCUUUGCUUCGUUAGUUGAUUGUCCUUUCGUCAUCCGGGCUUUCGAAUUUGCGCUUGCUGAUGGCGCGUUAUACGCUACGGAGAAUGCCCAAGUCUCCUCUGCGACUUUCUCGGAACGCUUCUGGACACUAGACGAGGAGGUUCGGAUUACGCGCAACUCUACAAGUCACCACAAUCGUAUUCUUGUACCUUUCGACAUAAAGAGCAGCCUUGGUAGUUGUGCGGAGAACCAUGUAUAUAUAACCACAGUCAAACAGCGAACGAGAGUAGGGUUUUACAUCGCCGUAUGCGCAGCAAACCCCAAUUACGUCGAGGUCUUCCCAAAUCAGCGAAGUGGCUUAGCCCAUUCUGACACACGCAAAGUCGCUGUCAACCUGUCCAGGAAGUCAUACCUUCCAUCAUCAGCAUAUGGCUCGCUGAGUCCCUGCAAUGGCCCUUAUCGGAUGCCACUGGCCCUACUGCCUCAGGCGCUCGAAUCACUCCAGCGCUGUGCUCGCGGUCAAGGUAAUUAUGUCAACCCUUGGACUCUCGUUCAGUUCCCAGGCUGGAAGCCGCACAUCGAACGCGGAAAUGACAUUCUUAUCCCAGCGGAGAAUUCGCAACACUACACGUCUUUUAAAGGAGUAAUGGAGAUCUGGAGGUGCAUCCGUAUCGCAAAGAGCCAGUACUCUCUGCCUAUAGAUUUUGAGCUUGUGCAUCUACAACCUCGAUUGGCCGAUUUUAAGAUCCUUGUUCCCAAUCAAACACAGCCACAGCGCCGCCAGGUCUUCAUUCAGUAUAAAAUCGAUGGUAUCUACCGAUCCCCUACGUCACCAUUGGAUAAGGUUGCCAUUGCGCGAAAUUCACGGAAGGGUCGCUUACGCCACUAUUUCACGGACUCUGAGCGGUAUGCCUUGUUACGCAAGUUUGAUCCCAUUGUUCGUGCUAAUGGGCCUAGAUUUGACUUUUUGUUCUACCAAUUUGACUAUCAAAAUCAUCAACGAGAUUCAUUCACGAAGUUCUUCUUCCUGCCUGAGAGCGUUAUGCCGGAUGAGUUUUACAUCACAGAUAACAAAGAGGCGAAUUUCAAUCGGGACGAGUUCAGACCAUACUGGAUUGAAAUGGAUACAUACGGAAACUGGGUAAAACGAGUAUACGAUAUCAUAAUCGGGACGCCACAACCUCGACACGCAGGCCAUCGGCCUAGUCGACGUUUGGUAGCUUCAGAACAGCCCGCAGCGGAUCCGCCGCAGUUGCAGUCACAAUCACAGUUGCAGCCAACAGUUUCCCCUGUUAACCACGUCAUGGCCUUUCACCAGAAGCUUUUUGAUACGUUAAUGGCCCAAUGCGCUACCCACUUGCAGGGUCUAGUCGUUGCCCUAUCACGCUCGGAUCCUCUCGGAGAUUAUGCCUACUGUCGAUACGCGUGGACCACUGACGAACAGGAGACUUUCCUCAACCAUCGCCGUAUUCCAUGUACCAUCACGCAGCUCCCUCACUCUACACCUGUAGUACCAUUUAUGUUGUACACCCGAUCUCGAGAAGGUACAUCACGUGGUCCGAUGCUCACUGCGACCGAGUUUGAGAGACUUGACAUCUGCCGUCAGGACCGGCUACUCAUCUUCGACCUCCUCGGCCAAGAAGGUCAUGAUUUGUACGGUCCUCUUCUUGUUGUCCCUUCAGAUGAUGUCCGUCCAACUGCAGAGCAACGCGCUCUCUUCAAAUCUAACAGAAGCAAAGACAAGGACCAAGAAUUCGAGGGCCGGGCUCCUUUACUCGCAGAGCUCCUAUACACUCGUCAUAAUCCUGUAGACUAUGUUGUAUCAGCUGGCGGACCACUCGUCUUCGAAAAGACAGGUUAUUGGAAUGAGCUUUGGAGUCUACUUAACACUUGUUCUGGUACCGACAACUUUGAUCAUCCGCACAGUCACCAAAGACGGCCAGAUGACUACAGGGUCACAGUCCAGGAACUCCACCAGAAUCUCGCUGAUAGACAUGCGUUCGUUGACAUCGAGCCGUCAUUCUACGAGCGAGUUUGGGAAGACGAUGAUGAGCGAGACCUCUAG